AUGGCGUCUAUUUUAGUGAAAAAGGACAAGAUUUACAAAAUGUGUGCAGACUCUUUAACUGGAUUAAAUGACUAUUUACUUGAACACAACUAUCCAUUACCAAGCCCAGAAGAAGUGUUCUCAAAACUAAAUGGAGGGAAAAUUUUCUUGAAGUUAGACCUCUCAGAGGCCUAUCUACAAAUAGAAGUAGAGGAAGACUGCACACACCUUUUAACAAUCAACAUACACCAUAGAUUGUAUAAAUUCAAGUGGUUUCCUUUUGGAGUAAAAGCGGAACCUGCCAUAUUCCAACAAGUGAUGGACGCAAUGUUAAAUGAUUGUGACUUCGCUAUUGCUUAUCUCAAUGAUAUGUUGAUAAAGAGUGAAUCAGUAGAACAACAUGUCGAACAUAUUAAAAAAAGUGUUCGGAAAAAUAAAUGA